UUCCCGCUCCCUCCAAAUUUAUUUUAACAUUUCAAAAACUCUUUAAACAUAAAAAUUGAAGACAAUAAUCUUCAGAUGACUCAGACGAAAAAAAUCUUACAAGAGGAAAAUCGAUUUUAGGUGCAGUGACAGUUCAAUAAAAGUGAGUUUUCGGGUACACGGUUUUCUGGAAUGACAACCAUGAAAAGGUGCGAGAAUGAAGGCGAAGCCGAAACCGUUGUCAUAAUAGACGUGGACGAUGACAGUUCCAGUAAUGUAAAAACGAACAACAUACCUAAAAGGCGUGCAAAGAAACCACGAGUUUCAAAUGGAUUAAAAAGUGACAUGAAGUUUCCAAUGAAAACAUACAUAUACAUUGAUGACGACGAUGAUGUUACGAGCCCUGGGAAUCAUAGUUCUGCAACUCCAAAGAAUUUAUCAAGAAGCAAAAGAAUGUACCCGCGAAGAGGCUCAACCAGUCAUGGUUUACACAUUCAGUUAGAUGAUGAUAAAAGUGUCAUUCAUGAGAAAGAAGGUCAAUGUACUGAUGCCGUUGACGGUGCACCCAUCGAGGGUACAGUUGUUAUCGAAAGAGAGACGAUUAAGGAUACUGUUGAGUACAAGCAAGCACAAGAGGAGGAAUUAAAAGCUAGACAGUUAGCCUUAAAACUUCAGGCAGAAGAAGCACAGCAGCAGCGACGUUUACUGGAACGUAAAAAAGCUGAAGAGUUACGUUUGUUAGACAUUAAGAAAAGGCAACAACAACGCGUAGAAGAAAUCAGAGAAUCUCAAAAACAGGAUGAGGAAAUCAUGAACAAAAAAGAAAUGUAUCGUAUUGAAGUCCAACACAACCUUAAGAAGCUGGAAAUGACAUGCCAUGAUAUGGCUUCAUUACUGUGCGGUUUAGGAAUCCUCGUCAAGAGCCCGUACACUACAUCACAUCAGGUUCAUGCGGCUUACAAACGAGCGUUACUAAGGUUUCAUCCAGAUCGAGCAUGCUCGGUAUCUGAUAUGCGCCAACAAGUUGAGGCAGAAGAGAAGUUCAAGCUUAUAUCGCGCAUGAAGGAGAAAGUCAGUAACAUCCCAAGCUUAAAGUAGCAAGACUAGUGGCAGAUUUGUGUUGAAAUUAUUAGUGAUAGAUCCUCAACUUAUGACAUAUUAUGAUAAUUUUUUGUUGGUUGUUAAUCUAAUAUGUUUUAAACUUUAACUUUA